UAAUUUAUUUGAGGUUAUGUUUUAAUUUUUAGUUAUGUGAAGUGCUAUUAAAAAUUACUAUGUUUUUUUAGUGUCCUAGUGUUGAUUUAAUUGCGUAGCAAUGGCAAAUACAGGAGUUUUACCAUUUGUCAGGGGCGUAGAUUUCAGUCGAAAUGAUUUUAGUGAUGGAAGGUUUCCUCAUUCUGUACGACUUAUGUCUGGCGUCCAAUGGCUCAAGUUGGACAGAUCCAGCCUGAAUCAAAUUCCUGAAGAGCUAGGGAACUUGAUGAAACUUGAGCACCUUUCCCUGUCACACAAUGCUCUGGAAAAGUUGUUUGGAGAACUCACCGAACUGUCCUCACUCCGCACCCUAAACAUUCGCUACAACCGAGUCAAAAGCUCAGGAAUACCAGCCGAGCUGUUCCACCUGGAAGAUUUGACGACGCUCGACUUGAGCCAUAACGUACUCAAAGAGGUUCCUCAGGGUUUGGAACAUGCACGGAGCCUACUGGUGCUUAACCUCAGUCACAACAACAUUACGGCAAUCCCAAACACUCUGUUUGUCAACCUGACGGAUCUUCUGUUCCUGGACCUGAGUCACAACCAGCUAGAGACUCUACCACCUCAGAUGCGCAGGCUUGCCAACCUUCAAACAUUGAUACUCAACUAUAACCCACUGGGACACUUCCAACUGAGACAGUUGCCCAGCCUGGUAGGGUUGGAAACUUUGCACAUGAGAAACACUCAGAGGACACUGGCAAACUUGCCUGCUAGUCUUGAGAUGUUGACAAACCUGCAGGAUCUGGACCUCAGCUUCAACAACCUUCCUAAGGUACCUGAUGCUCUUUACACACUACCAACACUACGGAGACUAAACUUGAGUAGUAACUGUAUUACUGAGUUGGCCAUGGCUCUUGAGGUCUGGCAACAGCUGGAGACGCUGAAUCUAUGCUGCAAUCAGCUGACAAGCUUGCCUGCAUCUCUGUGCAAGCUGACGUCACUUCGUCGGCUCUACUUGAACAACAACCAGCUGGACUUUGAGGGUAUUCCAUCAGGAAUUGGAAAACUAGUAAACUUAGAAGUCUUCUCCGCAGCAAACAACCAUUUGGAAAUGAUCCCUGAGGGACUGUGCAGGUGCGGGUCCCUCAAGAAGCUGAUCCUCAGUGGCAACCGUCUGAUCACUCUGCCAGACACAGUUCACCUGUUGAGCGAACUGCAGACUCUGGAGUUGAAGGACAACAACGACCUGGUGAUGCCGCCCAAGCCUGUGGAGGCCCAGCGAGGCGCCGGCGUCGAGUUCUACAACAUUGACUUCUCUCUGCAGAACCAGCUGAGACUAGCCGGCGCUGCAGUACCUGCCCCGGCGCCUGUCACUGGAGCCAGCAAAGAUCCUAUUGCCAGAAAACUGAGACUCAGAAGAGGACGAAGGGAUCAUGAAGAGGCAGACUCUGAUCAGGCGAAAAUACUUAAAGGAAUGAAAGACAUUGCAAAAGAAAAGAAUAAACAGAAAACUCUUGAAGAAGUGAAAGCAGAAUCACUCAAGCCGAAGCGAUGGGAUGAAGCUUUGGAAAAGCCACCCAUCAAUUAUUCUGAAUUGUUUGAUGAGGAUGCUGGUCAGAUGCCUGGGUUGACCAUCUGGGAAAUAGAAAACUUUCUACCCAAUCAAGUAGAGGAGGUUGCUCAUGGCAAGUUCUACGAGGGUGAUUGCUACAUUGUCCUCAAAACGUCAGAGGAUGAAUCUGAAAAUCUGCAGUGGCACAUUUACUUUUGGAUCGGCGAGAAAGCUACGCUGGACAAGCGAGCAUGUGCCGCAAUACACGCUGUAAACCUGCGCAACUUCCUGGGAGCCGAGUGUCGUACAGCUCGCGAGGAACAAGCAGACGAGUCGGAGGAGUUCCUGGCACUGUUUCCCGGGGAGAUCGUGUACAUAGAGGGAGGGCGAACGUCCAGCGGCUUCUACACCGUGGAGGAUGUGGCUUACAACAUAAGGUUGUACCGAGUCCAUGGUGCCGGAACAUCCGGAAUCCAUCUGGAGCCGGUUCCGGUUUGUGCAGAGUCUCUAGAUCCUCGGUUUGUCUUCCUGCUUGAUACCGGCUUGAAAAUCUUCAUGUGGUACGGCAAAAGGGCAAAAAACACGUUCAAGUCAAAAGCAAGGCUCUUGGCAGAAAAGAUUAACAAGAAUGAACGCAAGAAUAAGGCAGAGAUAAUUAUGGAAACGCUGAACGACGAAAGCUGUGACUUUUGGCGAGCACUUGGCGAGGAGGAUGGCAUGAAACCAGAGGAACCAGUCAUUGAGCAUGUCAGUGAUGACUACAAGAUUGCACCACCACGGCUGUACCAGGUGAAGCUGGGGAUGGGCUACCUAGAACUGCCUCAGGUGGAGCUGACACACAACAAGCUGGACCAUACACUACUGCAGAGCAAGAAUGUCUACAUACUUGAUUGUUACCUUGAUCUUUUUGUAUGGUUUGGUAAGAAGUCUACAAGGCUAGUUCGAGCAGCUGCUGUGAAGCUGUCUCAUGAGUUGUUCAACAUGAUGGACCGUCCGUCUCACGCUCUGGUCACCAGGGUGCAAGAGGGGACGGAGACACAGAUCUUCAAGGUCAAGUUCACCGGCUGGGACGAGGUGAUCGCAGUAGACUUCACAAGAACAGCAGAAUCUGUACAGAAGACAGGAGCUGACCUCACUAAGUGGGCUAAACAACAAGAAACAAAGGCUGAUUUGGCAGCCUUGUUCACUCCAAGACAACCUGCAAUGAGUGUGACGGAGGCACAACAACUGAUGGAGGACUGGAACGACGACCUGGACGCAAUGGAGUCUUUUGUCCUAGAGGGAACGAUCAACAAGAAGUUUGUACGGCUGCCAGAGGAAGAAGUCGGCCACUUCUACAGCAAGGACUGUUAUGUGUUCCUUUGCCGCUACUGGGUGCCGGUGGAGGGGGAGGGGGAAGCAGACGACGCUCCUCCUGAAGAAGAUCAUCAAUGUGUCGUCUAUUUCUGGCAAGGCAGAGACGCCUCAAACAUGGGCUGGCUUACGUUCACCUUCACGUUGCAGAAGAAGUUCAAGGAGUUGUUCGGCGAGAACCUGGAUGUAGUUAGGUUGCACCAGCAGCAAGAGAACUUAAAGUUUCUGGCACACUUCAAGCGCAAAAUGAUCAUCCACCUGGGUAAGCGCAAAGAGCCUCGGCCGAAGAACACUCCGUUACCGGUGGAGCUGUACCAUCUGCGGGCCAACGGAGGGCCGCUGUGUACAAGACUGGUGCAAAUCAAACCUGACGCAACCUCGCUCAACUCUGCCUUCUGCUAUAUCCUGAAGGUCCCGUUUGAGAGUGACGAGGAGACAGAGAGCGGUAUUGUUUACGUUUGGCUCGGCUCUAAAGCGAAUCCUGAUGAUGUACGACUCAUUGAAGAAAUCGCAGAUGAAAUGUUCAAUAAUCCAUGGAUCACUCUGCAAGUACUCAACGAAGGAGAGGAGCCUGAUAACUUCUUCUGGGUUGCACUCGGAGGUCGUAAACCUUACGAAACAGAUGCAGACUUCAUGAACUACACCAGACUCUUCCGCUGUUCUAACGAGAAGGGGUAUUUCACCGUCUCAGAAAAAUGUUCAGACUUUUGUCAGGAUGAUCUUGCAGACGAUGACAUAAUGAUUCUUGACAACGGAGAACACGUGUUCAUGUGGUUAGGAUCAAAAUGCAGCGAAGUGGAGGUGAAGCUAGCCUACAAGUCAGCACAGGUUUACAUCCAACACAUGAGAGCCAAACAGCCUGAUAAACCUCGCAAGUUGUUCCUCACGCUCAAGAACAAAGAGUCAAGACGUUUCACUAAGUGUUUCCACGGCUGGAGUCAGCAUAAGAGACCUCCGGAGUAGAUAACUUAGUAGGCUAACAGCUGUUGGCUGAGUUGGUAUUUUGAUUUUGGAUUUGAGCGGAUUUCUUGUGUACAAAGCUGUACCGUUGAGUUUUGGAUAAUGACAUUCAAUUGAUAGACAGAAAUAUUCAUGGUGACGACAGGGGGCAAAAAGUCAAUGAUUUUAAAAAGGUUAAAAUACCUACGGUACCCUCUGAGAUUUUUAGUUUUGGUCGGCCAACAAUUGUAUUUAUUUAUUGAGGGAAAACAAUUUUUCUACAAUGUCUAACAGGCCAUGGUUUCAACAGUUCAUUAAGGAAAGGGAAUUUUAAAGAUAAAGAGUUUAAAAAGUUCUGUGAAUGAUAAUUUUGAAGUCAAACUUCAUGCUGUUGAAUACUCUUCAUCACUGGGGUUCUGAAGAGUUAUCAUAAACUCCAAAACAUGAAAAAUAAAAUAAGUAUUUGGCUAAGUACAGUUGAACUUCGUUAACAAUACUCUCAUGGCGAUAAUGAAAUACAACUUGUUAUCAAGGUUUGCAACAUCAUUUAAUCAAGGCUAUUUUAAAAUUACGCUUGUUAUCAAGGGUUCCACUGAUGUAAUACAGAUUUUUAUGUUGAUAUACAAUUUUCACUGUUGUCAAAUAAAUAUUUACAACCUCGGUGAGAAGGGGAGUAAGCCAACCUAGUGUUGGAGCGUGGGCUUCAGUCCCUGAGGUCAGGGGUUCAAAUCCCAUCAAUCACCAAUGGAUUUUAUUUUUAGAACCUGUAGGCCUAGUCUGAAGUAAUGAGAAAGAUGCGGGCUUUAGCCUAAGAUGUGAUAGUGAUACAGAAGAAAAAUAACCAGUAAGAAGAGGAUUUAGUAGCACGAUAUUCAAGCUGAAAAUGGACCUUUAGGUUUGAAACCAGUUGUGGUCCAACCAAAACUCAUACCUCUAUUUUAAUAUUUUUUUGAAUAUUGAUUGAACUAUUACAGAGGGGAAAAUGCCAAUUUUUUUAUUCGCAGAAGACACUGAAAAGCUAUUGAUUUCAAUUUAAAAGGUUUCUAAGUCACAGCUUUUUAUCGGGGUUACGUACUGUAGGCCCUACUAACAAUUAAGCUGUUGAAACCCCAUGUAUGUAUUUUUGUACUAGUGUAUCUGAUCUCCAUUCACUAAAAUAUUAACAUAAUGUUCUCGCUGGAGAUAUCAUUAAAACUACUGAAGAGUUAAUAUGUCUGACCUCAGAUUUUAUUUGAUGACAAUUUGUAUGUUAACCAAUUUGAAGAAAGUUGGAUAAACACGAUAAUAAUGCAAAAUCUGGAAAAAAACUAAUUAUUUUGAACAAAUAUGAAAACACUUCAAAUCAUUGAUCAUGAAAUAACUAUUCUACACACUUAAACAUCCAACACCAAAAAAUUACAUUUUUAAGGCAUACAAUUUAUUUGGGUUUUGUACAUUGAAAUUUUCUUGUCUUUCAGUUAUGGUAUGUUUGACCUUAUAAAACAUUUUGCCUUUGUGAACAAUAAUAUCCUACUAUGUAAUAUACAAUUUGUACAACGAAAUCGAGUAUAAAUUGAAAUAGUAUAUUUCGUACCAAGGGCCGAAAAUGAGGUUUUGCCGGCUCGAGAUAGUUUUUAAGUUCGAGACGAAGUCGAGAACUUAAAUCGAUCGAGAGCUGCAAAACCAUUUCGGUCCGUGGUACGAACGCUAUUUUUCACCACACUAUACCAUAUUACCACUAUUCACCACUAUAAUAAUGCGCACUGAUAGUCAACACAACUACAACUUUAAGGUUAUGUGAAGAAAUAAUUUGAGGAAUCAGCAAAAAUAAAAAUAAAUAGUUGCUAGGCAACGGUGACAAUAACACAAUUCUAUUGCAAUGCUAUGGAUUUUGAUUGUGUAUUUAAAAUGCAUUCAUGUUUAAGUAAGUAAGCGGACAGCUGAUUUUGCGGCCCCGGCCUGUAAAAACCUGCUCGGUCCCCAAUUUAUGAUGACAGCUGGCAUCGCCAGCAAAACGUAACUUUCAGCCACCAAUUAACGUAUGUAAUACAGCCAAAAACAUCAUAGUGUGGUGAAAACUGUAUUUUUGGUAGCACAAAACUGCAUUUAACUUUAUGGUUUCAUGUUAUUCUUAUUUAUUGAUUGUUUAAAAACUCCUCUCCUGUUCUUCCUCUUUAAAGCUCAAUAUUAGGUGUUUAAACAUGGUAUAGCUUUUAUAUAAUUUAUUUUACGCAAUAUUUUGUUUUAUGUUCGUAAUAUUUAUUUAAUGAAGUAUUAUGGUUGGAGUAUUCAUUUUUAUCAGCAUUUUACAAACUACCUGUGACUGCAAGCCUUUAUGUAAAUGACUUGUAUAAAUUUGGUUUUACUAAAUUUAUAAAUUUGUUUUUACUAAAUAAGGGGUUGGGUGAAAGGGGGUAAUCAAAGACAAUUAAAAAACAUUAGCCUUAGAUAUUUUGUAAAAUGCUGGUUGAAACAUUGCUUGUACAGAAAAUAUUUUGUAACUUAUUCAUGUACAAUAAUUCUAGUCUUACAAAGAUUUUUACUAACUAAAAACUAAUUCUACAAGGAAUA